CUGAUGAGUGCAGAUAAGUUUCUUGGUGAUGAAAAAGCACCUUUAGUGUUGGAAUUUUGUAAUUUGCUUAGGGAGGUAUCUAAUGAAGAUCCUCUGUAUCAGUCAUGCCGGACUACUCUAAGAAAAUUGCUGGAAAUAGGUAAUUAUGAGAUACAUCUCAAUAAUGGGUUACGCACAAUGCUCCAAAUUUUAGAUUUUUUUAAAGAGUCGUUAGUAGCCCUAUUACAUGGAUUGGGCGAGACCACCUACCCAACCGCACACAUUCAGUCUUUGCAAAUUCAAUUUCGUGACUUCCGGACAUUCUCACGCGCAUUAUGUCAAGCAAUUGAUGGUCAGGCGGAAGCCGAUGAAGAUGGUGAGGUUGAUAAUGAGGAUGAUGAGACAGACGAAGAUGGUGAGGUUGAUAAUGAGGAUGAUGAGACAGACGAAGAUGAUGAGGUUAAUAAUGAGGAUGAUGAGCAUAAGGUUGAUAAUGAGAAUGAUAAGCAAAGGAAUGGUGAAAAGUUUAUAGUUCUGUACUCGAUUACAACCAUUGAAGUUGGAUUUGGACGAGUAAUGAAAAAAAUGGAGGUGCAUCUUAGUCGUCUGCCGCUUAUAUUACAAGUAUUGAAAUACACUGAUGAUUCGGUAUGUAUUGAUGCUAUGCGUUCAAUUUCAUUAUUGUAUCUCGCCAUUCUGAAUGAAUUGAACAGCAUGUCUCAGCUUGUGGAAGGUGCCAAAGAUGAAUUUCGGCAGGUAUUAGAGGAUCAUAAGAAUUCACUACAACUAAUGAUUAAAACCAUUACAAGGAAAGACGAUUAUGAUUGGCUUCUCGAGCACAGUGCUGUGCUUGAUUCUGAAUCCAUGAUACAUUUACUCAUGAUGAAGAUGAUCCCUGAGGAAAAAUUACGCGACGAAGAGCUCUAUAAUCCUCUUAUUCGCUGGUCUAAAAAUCUAGACGUAAAGCUGUAUAAGAAAUUCAAAAAGAAGGAUCUUACAGAUUCUCAAGUAUUGCAGGAUUGGUUAUGCAAGUUGUGCCAAAUUCUAUUCAAACCACAAAAUCUUCUUUUUCUGGCGUGCCCAAAUGAUCCAACAAAAUUCUAUCCUAAUCCUGAAUUGGAGCCACAGCCGUUACACUGGGAUUGUUUUGAAAAUUGUGGUAAGGCGAUUGCAUUGGCAUUGAUGCAUGAAGUACACGUAGGUGUUGCUCUUCAUCGUGUCUUUCUUUUGCAACUGGCUGGAAAGGAUAUUUCUGUAGAAGACGUAAGGGAUGCAGAUCCAUCUUUUUACAAUAACAAGGCCAAUAAGGAACCUUUUCACGAUGAUGAUCAAAUUCAGAAUGAAUUUAUCAAGUCAAUAUCAGAACAGAUACGCUUUUUCAAAAAUGGCUUUGAUAGUGUUUUUGGAAAAUCAAUCUUCCAACAGCUAUCUGAUAAUGGAAUAGAGCCUGAUGACCUUAACCUAGUUCUAAAAGGAAGCAUAGAACUUGAAUUUAAUUCUGAUGAGAAUCUUGACGACAAGCAAAAUGAUCCUUUGAUGCCCCAAGAUAAUGAAAGUGAUCCCCUGACGUACAGGUACUUUAAGGUCAAUUUACAAAAUCUUAAUAUUCCGGAGUGGCAACAGGGUAAGCGUCUCGGAGAGGGAAAAUUUGGAAAAGUGUUUGAAGGAUAUGCUCCUGGUGGUUUCUUUUUUGCCAUAAAAGAAAUAAAGAUUGAACCUGAGGCAAACAUUGAGCAAAUUUAUGAUGAAAUUCGCUUAUUAUGUCAGUUAAGACAUCCAAAUAUAGUCAAAUACUAUAGCAUGGAGAAGGAUGAAGGGAAUCUCAAUAUUUUUCUGGAGCUUGUAACUAAAGGUUCCCUCAAAGAUGUGUAUGGAACUUUUGAAUUAGAAGAUUCCCAGGUUUCACACUACACCAAGCAGAUACUGGAAGGUCUAAAGUAUCUCCAUGAGCGAAAUGUUGUUCAUAGGGACAUCAAAUGUGCAAAUAUAUUAGUGAAUGAAAAAGGUCGCAUAAAAAUUGCAGAUUUUGGAUUGGCAAAAGUGAUGGAAUUAAACACUCUUAUGAAGUCUUCUUACUAUGGGACACCAGGUUGGAUGGCUCCUGAGGUUGCUAAAUCGGGCGAUUAUGGACCUAAAGCUGAUAUUUGGAGCCUUGGUUGCACAGUCUUGGAGAUGUUAACAAGGAAAACUCCACACGUGAUGGAAGGUGGGAAAUUGCUAGAUCUCCCAGAUCUUCCAUCACAGCAUUCACGAGAUUUUAUCAAGGAGUGCUUGCAAGAUAAUAAAGUUGACCGUCCAUCUGCUGCUGAGCUUUUGCAACAUCCUUUUGUGAAAGGUUUUGGCUUAUAAUAUUUCUUCAGCUUGAACUAUGUGAUAGAUGUGUGUUUAUGAGCAUUCAAUAUUAAGAACUCCAUAAAUAUUUAUGAAAUUUUAUAAUUUUGUUUAGUAA